ACAGCGUUCACAGCACAUUAGCAUACAGUGGGGCGUGACUGUACUCGAUAUCCAACGUGUCUUUUGUCCCAAUGCCAAAUUAGCAUGAAUUAUAAGCUUUUUAUGAGUCCUGGUCUCACAUUUUACGUUGCAGUAUUUGUGCUAGAAUUCUUGGGUUCCAUAGGCUCGUUUGUCUGGUCCCUCUAGCAAGACUUGCGGCUCGGCCAGGUUUAUGAAGGCUACAUGUACUAUACUACACUGCAACAAAGCCGGCAAAAGCCCAGGGGUCUAGACGUCCGCAGCUUUCUUUUUGGCUUGAUCCGAUCUCCCAUGGAACAACAAACAAUGUUGCACCUCGAAGCACAACCUCGUCAAAAUCUCCCUUGAUGAGCGUAGCAUGGUACUCAAUCCGGCCACGCCUAGGGACGCCGCCUAGCCUGCUAUCGCGGCAUCUGCGCCCAUCGCAACGGCGCAAUGGCCCCGGGACCCGGCGAUCCCUUCUGACCCUUGCCAUCGAGUCCUCCUGCGACGACAGCUGCGUCGCCCUGCUCGACAAGACCCCCCGAGCCGCCUCGGCCCGCCUGCUCUUCAACAAGAAGAUCACCUCGGACAACCGCGCCUUCCAGGGCGUCCACCCGCUCACCUCCGUGGUGUCGCACACGGCGUCGCUCGGCCCCCUGAUCCAAGAGGCGCUGCGCUCGCUGCCCGUGGCGCCGCCCGUCACCAUCGGCGACUACAAUGCGUGGAGGAAGCUGCUGUGGGUCGACGGCGAGGUGCGGGUGAAGCCUGACUUCGUGACGGUGACGCGGGGCCCGGGCAUGACGUCCAACCUGGCGACGGGCCUGAACACGGCGAAGGGGCUGGCGGCCGCGUGGGACGUCCCGCUACUGGGCGUGAACCACAUGCAGGCGCACGCCCUGACGCCUCGUCUCGUGUCGGCGCUGGAGGGAGGAGGCAACGGCCAAGCAGGAGGAGAGCCAUCACCACCACCAAAACCUGAGCCCUCCCCGGUGAUCACGCCGGCGUACAAGGGCGGCCAGCGGCCACCACCGCCACCAGAAGAGCCCCACUCCCCAGACUUCCCUUUCCUCUCGCUCCUGGUCUCGGGCGGCCACACGCUGCUCGUGCACUCGCGCUCCCUGACCGACCACCGCAUCCUCGCCCAGGCCAUGAACAUCGCGAUCGGAGACAUGAUCGACAAGUGCGCGCGAACCGUCAUCCCGCCCUCGCACCUCGCGGGUCUGGAAGACGUCAUGUACGGUCCCCUGCUCGAGAGAUUCGCCUUUCCCACCACAGGAGCAGCAGCAGCAGCGGGAGGAGGGGUCGACUCCGAGGAUGCCUACGACUACACCCCGCCACCGCGCCGCGCCGACGAGAUCAAGGUCUUCGACUCGGGCCGGGGCUGGACGCUGACGCCGCCUCUGAGCGGCACGACGGCCAUGGCCUACGACUUUGCGGGCUUCAACAGCCAGGUGCAGCGCACGGUCGAGGCCCACCCGGACAUGUCGCUGGAGGACCGGCGGCUCGUGGCCAAGCACGCGAUGCGGCUGGCCUUCGAGCAUCUGGUAUCCCGGCUGCUGUUCGUGCUGAAGGACAACCCCCAGUAUGCCGACAUCAAGACUGUAGUGGUGGCCGGGGGGGUCGCCAGCAACAAGUAUCUUAUGCAUAUUCUGAAGCGAAUGCUAGAGGUCAGGGGUCACGGGCAUCUGGCAGUCAGCGCGCCUCCGCCGGCUUUGUGUACUGACAAUGCUGCCAUGAUCGCAUGGACCGGCAUGGAGAUGUAUGAGGCAGGCUGGCGGAGUAAGAUGGAUAUUCUGGUCAUGAGGAAAUGGCCAGUUGACCCGACAGCCGAGGGAGGCGGUAUCUUGGGCGCUCCAGGCUGGGUCAACGUCAAGAAAGUGUAAAAGGCUGCUUGUCCGUUUACGAAGAAACAUUGUGAAGGCACCGUUUCACAAGAUGCGGGUAUGGACAUGUGUAUCAUAAUAGCAUAGAAUUCGUGGGGGGAAAAUCUAGAAGCACUCAAUA